AUGGUUUCUUCCUUUUGCUGGAGCUGCCUGACGCGGCUUCGCCAGACACCUCGCGCCAUUUUACCAUCACCGACCACCGUGCCCCGAGGACCGGCAUUUCACACCUCUGCCGUUUACUAUGCCAAUCCGUUGAAGAAGAAGGCGGGUGACCAAUCUGGUCCUAAGUACCGUGAGGGACGGUCCGCCAAGAUAAAGAAGAAGAAGCCCGUUGAGAAGACACGUCCUCCGGCCGUUGGGGAGCGCAAAGCCGCUCGCAAACGUAUUGUCCUCAGCAACCCGAAUGCUCUCGAAGUCGAAGGUAUGCAGGAACUAUCGGGGGAGACUAUGGUGGAUUCGCGUCUUCGCGGCACAGUUCUCGCCCUCCCAGUGCCGAUGAUUGAUCAGUUGAGAGCGGUGCAGGCUUUCAAGCCUACCCAGGGUUGGUCAAUUUUCCGCCGCCCCGGGACUGUUUUGAGACGGGAAACACUGGAGAUGGGUAGAGCCUUUGACAAUAUCUCUGGUGAGGGUGAGGGUAAGGGAGCUGUUGUUAAGAAGAUCAUCACGGGGCCGAAAAAGACAGGGAAGAGCGUUCACCUGCUUCAGGCUAUGGCGAUGGGAUUCACCAAGAAUUGGGUUGUCAUCACAGUUCCUGAUGCCCGGGAUCUGGUCGUUGGAAUUACCGGCUAUGCACCACUUUCCGAAGAUAACCCCGACCUAUAUGUCCAGAACCAGGCAACCUCGUCGCUUCUAUCUCGCACUGUCGCCGCCAACGAGAAGGUCCUUUCCAAACUGAGUGUCUCUCAGCAACACCCUACCUUGCCUACUGUCAAGCCCGGCAUGACGCUGGCGGACCUAGCCAAAGUCGGUGUUCAGGAUCAAGCAAAUGCGUGGCCUGUUUUCCAAGCGCUAUGGAAAGAACUCACAGCAACAUCCGCCACUUCGGGUCUCGAAAAGAACUUCUCACCCCGCCCUCCUAUGUUAGUUACUGUUGAUGGCCUCGGUCACUGGAUGCAAAACUCUGCGUACCGCAGCGCCAAAUUCGAGCUUAUUCACUCCCACGACCUUGUUUUUGUGCGACACUUUCUUGACUUGCUCAAGCCCGGGAAAGGGACGUCCACCCUUCCCAACGGUGGGGCUGUCCUCUACUCUACCUCAACGUCCAACAACCCGUCUAUUCACGGCUUCGACGUUGCGCUGAAGCAAGUCGCAGCUCGCCACGCUGGCGUGGACCCCUCUGCUCCAGAGUUCCCCCUUCCCAGAGCAUAUAGCUACCCGGACCCGCGCAUCCUCGAGGCCUUCAAUCUCCCGAAGCCUACAGUUGCCAAGGAAGGCAUGCUGGAUGUCCAGGAGCUUGGCGGGUUGACCCGAGAUGAGGCUCGUGGUUUCCUGGAAUAUUUCGCGCGUAGCGGUCUUCUGAGGGAGACGGUCAGCGACGAAUGGGCUAGUGAGAAGUGGACGCUCGCUGGUGGCGGCGUUAUUGGUGAGCUUGAGAAGCUGGGUAGACGAGUGAGGGUGGCUUCUUAG